CAUCCUACUACAUACAAUGCACACAAGAUUUGUGAUACGUGUCGGUGUACGAACACGCACAUGCGCACCGCAAUUCUUGAUUCUCAUGAUCCUCUUUGUGAUCGAGAAGGAUCACGCAGAUUGUAUGUGCGCACUACCCAACCCUACAUAUAAGUAUUCGCACAUGGGAGAAUGGCGGCAAUGUCAAUUAGCAAACGGGAGGAAAUGGAGAAGAGGGUCGGCAUCUUCAGUCCUGAAAUUCCCAGCCGAAUCGCAACCCCAGUGCGGCGCCCUUCAAACUCAUCAGAGCGCGACGUGUCGUUCGCCUACGAAGCUUUCGAGUGCCUGGGCGUCGUCGUCACCGCAGCCGUCACCGACGUCACCGACGUAACCGCCCGCAUCGAGUCAGCCAUUCGUGUCGUACAACAGAAAGGAAGGCGAAAAUCCGGCGACAAAAGGUCAUCGCGAUCCGGGCGUGUUCGAGAGAUCUCCUCUGAGAUCUAUCUCGAGCCGCGACGGCGAAGAAAAAAGAAAGAAGGGCGAAAGAGAAACGUGGGCUGAACGAAAUUCGGGCGUCGCCGGCGUCGCCGGCGUCGCGCCGUUCUCAAGUGGAGAACGACGGGCUAGGGAAAAAAAAUCCAUACCGAUGUCGUCGGCGCCCAGAGGCGGAGCCAGAUACAUGUACCAUACGAAGGGUGCUGAUGACUCCCUUUACAGCGACGCACAGGGGCGCAAACGAUAAUUCGUCGGCAUGGCAACGCCCGUCCUAUUGCCACUUCUCGUUCCUUUCUCUUACCCUCUACCUAUUCCCCGGUCCUCUCCAACCCCUUUUCAAACGAUCUUCGUCGGAUCUCGCCAUCCUCCCUCCCCAGUCGACGCUUCGAAGUCGAACGAAUGGCGCUCGUGAAAUCCGUAUUUUCUUCCUUUUGAAGAUCUCCGACCGCCUGCACUUGCCACCCUCGAGACCGACAGGAAAAACUCGACGAUGCGAGGGUAGGUGGGAAUGUAUUAGGAAAGCCUGGCCUGGUCUGUUGCUACGGCAACAGCCUGGGAGCCUCGUUGAGAAGGAUUGGGUCGAUCCUGCCCUCGGUGGUAGAAGCAGUCGAAUAACCUUGAAAUAUACCUCCUUUUCAGAUAGCUUUGCUCGCGAUACAAUAGUGAAAA